AUGGUGUAUGGUCAUGUAAGCGAUGCUGGCUCAGGACGCUCCACAAUCCUUCCGCUGCGGCGGGAUGAUUCGAUGGAAAAGUGGAAGCUUUGCCCACCUAGAUAUAUGCCAGCAGACCCUACGUUCAGUUUUGAUCCCCUUUUUGAUCAAAGUACAACAAUGACAUCGUGUGCAGUAGCACGAGCAAACUCUCCUGCUCCCGAUGAGCUUGAAUGUGUCGACAUGCUCCAUCCGUUGAGCUCCGACAACAACCUGCCUUUGAUCAGCACUACUCCUAUGAUGCCUCCUGUGAUCAAAACCACUGACAGACCAGUUGUGUUGUGCAUGGCUCCAGUACACAAACUUCAUCACGAAGAUGACACCGGUGACGAUAAGGAAGUUCGAGACGCGGUCGGGGGUAUUCAACUGAACUAA